CAGAAUGGGUUACCACAUCCACAGUGGGAUCAAUGUCCUGGCUCUUCUUCCUCAUCGGGUCCAGCCAAACUCGCUCGAUGGCAAGAGAUCAAGGGUGAAGACACUCGAGACAAAGAAGCAAUGUCUGAUGUCGCUCAAAGUGAGGAGGAAAAAUGAGCAUGACCGAGAACAACGACGACUUGAGUUGGAGAAAGAAAAACUCAGACUCUCUCAGUUGAAGCAAAAGUUGUUGAGUGAGAAUGGCGUGGAAGCAGAUGACCAGUUCCAGUGUCUGAUGGAAACCGAGACAGAACAGAUCAAGCAAAUGGAAGACGUCACAAAGAGAUUAAAGAAGGAACAUGAAAAAGUGAGAGAGGAAACUGUCAAGGCAAUAUUAGAAGAACAAAAACUGUCACAGGACAUCAAGAAAGUUGAAAAUGAUGCUAGUCAGAUCAAAGAGAAACGGCAGAAGCAGAUGUCACGAGAACUCGACCCCUUCCAUCAACUCUUUGAGGAGAGAAAAGACAUAGUGGAGAUGGUUGACGGAAGAAGUACCUCUAAUUAUGAGGCCAAGAAAACAGGUGCAACAACACACCCUGGGAAGGAUCCCUGGCCAUUCAUACCACAGUCACAGGAUCCGUUCGAUUCGAAUUUCCUGCAGGAUACUCAGUUCAGCGGUACAGACUUAUUUUCAAACGUGGACUUAAAUACUUCAAGCCAAUCAGAUGCAUGGAAUACGGGAGGUGAUGGACAGGUGCUAAAUGGUGAUGAUUCAAAGGAUGAUGUAGCGACGUUUGAUGAUAAUUUUCUUGAGACAUGGGCGGCUCGGAGACUAUCGAAGACGGGUUCAUUUGAUUUUGGGGCGGCGGAGGAUGAUCUAGUGUUCAGGACUGUUUCGGUAACUGCUGAAGAAGACGAUCUCUGGUGCCAGGUCAGUGAACUACAGCCAGGGGUGAACGGAGGGUCGCAGGAGAUUUUCUACAUAAACGAUAAACUCCAGGAAGUUAGAAAUGAGAUGAAUAGUCUUAACAGACAAGGAGGCAGGCUGGUGCUGAAAAAUUACUUCAGGCGCAGAAAUUCGAGAGAUCCCGAGGACCAGGCGGUGACUCAAGACGUGGAAACAAAGCCUCGAAGGAAAUCCGGCCACUGGCUGUCAUCAGACCCUGAAGCAAGCGACCCCUGGUUGGCAUCUUCAGGUCGCAAAGCUCGUGCCCUGGUUAACAAACAACGCAUCGAGGAGGAACCUGAGACCAGGCGUAUCACACCCGUCCCUGAUAUUGUAAUUUCACCUUCUGCCAAAACUGCUUCGAAACUCCCAAAAGCGGGCAAACGCCCUAGUCAAGAAAAGCGUAAUCCGAAUCUGGAACUUGAACAGGAGACAUACACCAAUACCUUAUUUUUCCAACCAAGUGAAACUGGAAACAUCGGUGCUGAUGCCACAUCUGGUGACCCUGGUUCUGUAGAAGGUAACACAAGCUCUGAUUACGUGUCCAAAUCUGUUUCUAACAAUACUAAUCAACGUUCCACUCAUUCUGUAACAAAAUCUAAUCGCAUCCGCGGAUCAAAAUCUCAUGAGGUACCGAAAACUGUUGUCUCGCACAAAGCUCUACAAUUGUCCAGCUGUGCUGGCAUCGGAUCAAAACCUGGUCGGUUCUCCUCUCGAGAAAUUAAGGUUCGUCUUGGUAAGUUGCGGCCUGUGGAGUUGGAACAAUCACAGUAUCCACUAGAAAGGUCCCGUACUCCUGAUCCUGGAGAGAUCAGACAGGAAAACUUAUAUCGGACGCAUUCAGAUCCGAAUUUACUCUCAGAUUCUGAUUGGCCGGAGCCAUCAAGGCGCAUUGCUGCUGGACAAUCCAACUGUGAUAUUGUAGAUGAUCUGCAGGGCCUCUCAUAUGUGCUACGUCGUCGCAGUCCUACAUGUCCUGAGCCUGGCCAGCACCGCCAACACCAGCGGAGUUCAACAGUGCCUUUGAGACAAUGGCCAGAACCCACUGUCAAGACUGCUCGGCCAAAGUCUCUUACCCUAUCUGCUGAACACCCAUCUGCCUUUUCUAGUCCAAUUGUGCCACAUAUCUUAAGAAGUGCUAGUCCUGGUAUAAGCGUUGACACUGGUGAAGAAUUAGAUCGUGACUAUUUGACGCUGAGUCCAGACUUUUUGGAUGGCGAUGAUCGAUUCUUAUCGGGAGAGAUUUCACCAUUGAGUGAUGAGACUUUCGAGAAGUGCUCAAAUUGUGAAGCUAUGCAGGUGAAUAUGGAGGUAGGUGAAGAAAUCGUAACAAAAACGGAACACAAAAAAGAGGACGUCAACGUCAGCAUGUUACUGAAAUCACUGGAAUUACAAGUCCCCGAAGUUCACGAUUCUGGCGACUCUGAUUUCGAAAGCGGUUUCAAUGCAACGUUCGUUCCUGGGAAAGAUAGUAAACCGGGUGUACAUGUGGCGCAUAAAAGUGACGGCGGGCCGCAUGGGAUACGAUUAUUAGCAUACAGGAGGUCAGUUGACGAAUCGAUGGAGGAAUUUGAGGAUAUGUUAGUCCCAGAGAAAAUGGAUAAUAUCGAGGCGGGAAUUCCUGAACAGGAUGAAGAGAUGCCUCAACCAGGAUCGAAGGGCCAGAAUACGCUCCCCAAAGGGAAGAUGCCAGAGGCACCUCGGACUCCGGAGAAGAAUCUGCGAUCACCGACGGAGGAAGCGAAAGCUUAUUAUAAAGAUGAUAUUGAGAAGGCUGUCAGGAUGAUGGAAGAGGAGGAGGCACCGGAGUUUCCAGAGUAUGUGCCUCCACAUGAGGAGGAGAGGCGCAGCAUUGUAAUGAAACAAAAAGUGCUUCUGAAGAAAUCUCAAUCCUGGGCCGGUGCAGAUAUGGAAGAGGAAGCAAUGGAGGGCGACUCGAACUUGGAGGGAAAGCAACAACCAGCGUCAAAGAAACCAGUCAAAAUCGACGCCAGUUAUGUCCUUACAGAAGAAUUCUGGCGCAAUUAUCUACUUAAAGGUGAUGGAGACGGCGAGAUAGAGAUUCCAGGUUACACCAAGGAAGACCUUGACAAUGUUAAGAAACAUUGGGAAGAGAAAUUUGCUGCCGAAAAACAUGAAAACCUCUUCCCAAAGCCAGCGAGUAACAAACCCAUCAAAAUGGCGCCAGACGUGCAGGACACGCCCGAUAAUCGUGAUAUGAAUGAAAACAUCGAUACUGAAUCCAUCGCCAAUUUAUCAAGUCGGAAACAGCAAUGGGAAAAAAUGCUUUUAGAUAAACAAACGGACACCUUAAAGAAACAAACGAAGAAGUCUUCUGGGAUGGUCAAGAGUGCAACUUUUGAUCAACCGAUAAAAUGUAUGGCAGUCACUGAAAAUCAGAAUGCUCCUCCUACAAAGGAGAUAGCGGCAGAAACCAGUACGACUGUGAUCGAGACGGACUCAAACAUUGACUCAGAAAGUGCAAUCGAUCGUGAAAUUCGGUACAAUUUAGAACGGGAGCGUCAGAGAGAACAGGAGCAUAAGAGGCGCCACCUAGCGGAGCGACUUGACUCUAACGACAGCAGUACUGAAGCCGAAGGCUAUCUCCAGGCAUCGUUCGCUUCAGCGACUUUCCACGAAAUGACGGAGGCAGAUCGCGGGACAAAAGUCGAUUAUAAUAAUAUCAUUGAGAAGGAGGUGCAGGCACAGCAAAAGCGAGAGACUCUGUAUAAGCGAGAUGGUACCACAAAGAUACGACAGUAUGAUAAGGAAUAUGAACAAAGUGAGUUCGAGCGCCAAGAGAAGGAACAGGAUCGUGCCGCCCACGAGAGUAUUAUAGAGCGCGAGAUCAGACUUCAGCGACAACGAGAAGAGGAGAUCCAGAGGGAACGCAAACGUCUGGCGUCUGCUGGCUCACCUCGUCAACAAUCCGUAUCACCUCGGCAACAACCUGUAUCACCCCGGCAACAGCCCGUCUCACCCCGGCAACAGCCUAGUUACAAGUCUGAACUAUUUGAGGUUGAAACUGACAGAAAUACAUUAGAAAUCAUCACCCAGGAGUCACAGACUCAAGUGGAAAGUGCUACAACCUAUCCUCAGAGUACAGAACCAACCGUCAAUAUGUCUAAGUUUCCAGAAGUUCAGUCUUUCGAGCAGCGGCAGUCACAGAAUAAUGUGGUUGUACGUGAAAUCGAAGAGCAACAAAAGCGAGAACGAGAACUGAGAGACCAAAGGAAAUCACUUGGUUACAAAUUUGAUGAAACCGAUGGUAAUAAACCAGUAUUUGACAGUUAUAUUGACACUAAGGAAACAAAUUCGUCUUAUAAUCGCGAAGUUAGUCCUUUCAAACCAGGUGUCCCCAAUCAUGUUCCUCCACCAGCACAACGUCGGUCCUCUUUAGAUUCUGUUUCCUCCAGUAGGAGCACUGGUAGUAGUCAUACUCAAUCGGAUAUCGUACUGCGUCAGCGACACAUGGUCGAACCGUUAGUGCCGGAUGAAGAUGAGGAGGAUGAGUCUCAUUACCGGAUUGACAACAAUUCGGAAGAAACGGCCGUUGAGCGUACGAUUCGCUUGCAGAGAGAAAGAGAAGAUGAUUACCGCCGAUCCCGAGGAUUAGCAGUUGAAGAACCAAAACCCAAAGGUGAAGUAAAGGUUGAUUUAAGUAGUAGGACACAAAGGCAACAUCAAGAUCCCGGUCAGAAAAGUCAGGCAUUAAAAAGACUUUCAACUUCGCAACUGCAGCGCGAAAUUGCGCGGGAAAGACAACGAGAAUUAGAUUUGAAAGCUGAAGGUACGAUUCGUACGACUUCUGACGAACACAUGGCCGUGCCGGUUGGAUUUACUAACGAACAGCGAAAUGAGCGACGGAUAUCUAGUUCCCAGAGUGCACCCCAGAUUGCGCCGCAGAGUGCACCCCAGAUUGCGCCGCCUGCAAAAGAAACGGAGGUUGAACCGCCACAGAAAGCGGCUCCACAGAAUGCAGCACCACCUAUGAAUGCUACUGAUACGACAGAUGGUGGUGUGGUGAUGAGGAAGGUUUCGAGACAAAGCGCAACUGAUGGGCAUACGACGACUAAUCCUACAGAAUCUCGUAUCGAGCGAGAGUUACGGGAAAUGCGAGAAAGAGAGGAAGAAUUAAGUGAUCUGCCAAACGAUGUGGAUACCUCCGCUCUUCCAGUGAUGUGGAUCUAGAAUUGGAUCUAGAUGUAGAAUAAAUGAAUGUAUGUAUAAGAUUAGCACAAUGUCGUCUUUUUGGAAUGAUAUCUCUAACACCUUAGCAUGACAAUGAAUUGGAUGAUUUUUUCGGGGAGCAGAUCUGUGUAUUUGGUAAACAUUAUGUUUUGGUUCUUUUUAGGCAUGUAUGGGUGUUACACCUUGUUGUAAAGGGUAUUUUCUGUUAAACCUUUGCAUGUGACAAGGUAAUGUUAAGACAUUUUUCAUAGAGUUAGAUUUUCGACAACCUUAUAUAUCAGCCACAAGGUUAAGGAUAUUUUCAUCUUAAAAUCCUUGUUUAUUUUUCUGUUGGAAUGAAAUUAACUUUUAAGUAGGAAGGGAAUUUUUGAUUAUCUUUAGUUUUUCCCCUGGGAUUAAGGAAUUUUUGUGGGUUUUUGGUAUUUUUUCUAAGUUUAUCCCAAUUGACACUGCCCACUUUACUGUUUUAUUGUUUAGAAUGAAACUGUUACAAAUAAAUGCAAAGGUUGUGUUAAAUGCAAAGUUUCUCUUAAACAUAACCCAAUAAUCUAUUUUGACCACUUUCAUUUUCAUAUUUUGACCAAAAAAGCAAUCACAAUCUGAAGAAAUUAUAUCCAUCACAUGUUGAGGUGGCUACCCCAUGCAUCAAAUUGCACUUGAUGCACAAUCAUCCAAUGCCGUUUCAGUAAAACAGAAAAUGGUGAUCAGUACGAAAUUUGGCCGAGACCAUAUUUGUGACCCGCCAUGACAAAACAGGUCGCAUGUCGCUCUGAGCUUGACAGGUUGAGACAGACUGGUUGUUCAUUUCACCAUUGUCUGCCUUUUGUAAAAUCGGAGCAUAUCAAUUUCUUCUAUUAUGUCCUGGUGUCAUUUUAGGCUCAUCUUCUGUGCGACAUGCGACUCAUUUUGUCGUGGUGGGUCACAUUUUGUCAUGCAUCUGUGAGGGAAUGCUUGAUGCCGUGCCUAGGCUAAGAAGAAUGCCCUUGCUGGAUUGUAACAUGCACAUCAACUGUGACAAGUUCAUAAAUAGUUACAGGUCACACCAGAGAUUAAUUUGAUUAUAUUUCAGGAGGGCAUUUCAGGUAUUUCUUCUCCCCAUAAGCCAGGGAGCUAUUUUCGAUCCACUUUGGGAUACUUAUAAAAUUAUAGGCACCUGCCUGCAUAGGAAAUGUCGUCUGUCUGAAGAGAGUCGCUUGACUUCGAUUCUUAACACCUGUCUCAGUUUACCUAUGGUGAAUUUAUAUUGGAAAUGCUUUGGAUGUAACAAAGUCUUGUUUGAAUUCAGACUUCUGCGUGAUUAAUUGUUUCCAAUAUGAUCAGCUGUGCACCAAUAUCUUCUGUUUUAGCUGUUCUGCGUGUAUGAAGACGUAAUUCAGUUGUGUCGACAUCUAUUGCCAAGUAUGCGAAGCGGAAAUUGUCCCAGAAAGUAAGGCAGUGAAAUUUGGCCACAAACGCUAUGGCCAGAGGCACAUUAUCAGUUGCAAACUGAUUUUCUCAUUGUUUUGUCUAACUCUUUCAGACGUCAACAGAACCGCAAGACCUGGUCCCCAGGACAACCAGCUCAUUUAAGAUUGACCCAGAACACUGCCAACCAUCAGAUCUGAAAAGUGUCUACGAAACUGAACAAUUGUCGCAGAGGAUUCAUAAUUAUGAGACGAUUUGUGUUUACGAUUUCGUUGGAUGUUUCAUCUUGCAGAGUUGUUGUAAUUUGAUGUCGCCGAGUGCCGUCGAUAGGAACGUCUCUGCCCGUCUUAUGUAGGGGGGUCAUAUCUUCUGAAUAAGUGUUGCUGACGUCCCUAUUCUUGGUUAACAGUCACUUCUAUAUCACAGUUGGCAACUGGGCAGUAUGCGGUUGCAUCGAGGAUGCACCUAUUAUCAAGAAUUAACGACAAUUAUAAAAUCUUGGUGAUAUCUAUGGGUAAUUAGAAUGUGAUUACGGUCAUGUAGAUUUAGUUGUGUUAAUAUGUACUUAUAUACAAUGUAGCUGAGAUGAUAGGCUGGAUAUUUGGGUGUUCCAGAACACCACUCAAUCUCAAAAUUAGCAAAGUUUAAAAUUCAGAACUAAUUGUCAGAGUUUUUUGCAGUACCAGUAUGAUAAUUAGUUUUCAACCCUUCCAGGUAACUGCAAUCUAAUGAGAAAUGUACUUAAGAUUUUGCUAAUUUGAAGGCUGGGUGAUGAAUUAUAUUCUCUGUUAGUCUUUAGGCGAACUUGGAGAGUAGGCUGCCAUUAUAGCAAGAGUAUUGUGACUUGAUCUAACAUGGACUUUGGCACAAUCGACCAUGGCAUAAUUUUUCUCAAGUUGUAAAUACGUACACAUGUAGAUUCCUGACUUAUGCUAUACAUGUUUCAUUCUAUUUUUCUGGUUCUCUCAUCAAAGUCCCAAUAUCAAAAAAAAUUUUUUUGGAGGGGGCUGACUUCAAUUUCAGCUGCUGCUCGAAAUAGUUACUUUUGUGAAACUCUCUGAUCUUUGCUAUCUUGCUAUGCCAUGGUUUCUCCUUGGCAUAGUCGAAUCAAGUUUUUUUUAAUAAAAUCACUGUUUACUGGUAAAUACAGUCAAUUGACAAGUAUCGUCUUGUUGUGUUAAAUAAAAGGUGUUGAGAAGAGUCUGUGCAGAAUUUAGGUCUCUGCCAUUUUAUCAUAAUUAUUUGAAGUAACAAAAAUCUGCUUGUACUUAUAGGUACAUGUACUUGUAUGUUUUGUAAAUGUCCAUUUGCUGAAACACAAUAGUGUGUAUACUUGAUAUCAUUCCAUGCAUAAUUAUGCUAAACUUUACACUUACAGUAAUGAUCAAUAUUGUAAAUGUUAGCUUAUUUUAGCUUCUAACAUUUAACCAAGGUUUUUACCAAUUCUGCAUACAGUUAUUUUGUAAGUCUUAAAAUCCUUCCAAAAGUGAUUUCAAAUACAAUGUGUCCAUAACUUUGAAGUGGUUAUAGUCCGUCCGAGAGACCUCACUAAAACAACCACAUUCAAGAUUCCGCUCUCAAGUGCUACUUAGGCCAUUCCAAUCAUGUAUAUAGAUUUACUCCCUCCAUGUCUGAUUAAUAUCUUAUUGUUAAAAGCUUUUAGAUGUCCAUGAUAUCAUCCUAUCGAAUUUUAUAGAAGUUCAACCCGAUUACAUUUUUGGUGACCCGCCCCAGACUGCUGUAAAGCCUUUAUUAUCACGAGCGGAAGAUUUUCGCCAGUUUUAUAUAAUGGGAUAAAAAAAUGAACAAUAUGACGCAAAAAGAUUGAAUCCAUUCUCAUCGGAAGGUCCAUGUAUUUAUAGAAAUGAAUUGGCGGCAAAGCAAUUUUUCUCACUGAAAACUAAACAAUUUUAAAGUUUUUUGCUAGAUUUAAAAAUUGGGUGACUGAGAGAUGAAAUGUGUCGAAGACUGUGAUGUUUCUAAUGUGAUAUAAUGCACAAAAUAAAAGGAUCACUAUUUUAAGCCCACAAAAGUUGAAGUAUCACAAAGUUAAAUUUUUAGCAAAUUCUUUAAGUCUAUAUGUAUCAUUGUUUAACAAAUGUGGGAUUUGCAAAUUGAUGGGAAAUAUUUGUGUUUUUGCUCCUGGUUAUAUGGGAGUGUUUGAGAAUACGAUGAAUCUCAACUUUUGAGGCUGGGUUUACAUAUGAUUCACAUUGUCAUUUGUCAUGGUUUACAUAUCACAUGUCACUUGUCGUGGUUUACAUAUCAUAUGUCACUUGUCAUGUGAAUGUUAAUUUAUUGACUUGGGUGUGAUAACAUGACAUGAAUUUUGGUGAAGUUGAGAUGCUUAGUAGUUAGAAUUGUUCAAUUUUUUUUUAAAUUGCCACUUUUAACACUUAAUUGACACUUCAGUCAUGAAAGAAGCAGACCUGCUCUCGGUGAACAGUAACUUUUCUUUAAAAGUUCCAUUUUAGAACUGAACAAAGUGUAAUAUUUGUAACCUCUGGAAAUCAGGAGGGGUAUUGUGUAUAAACAAAAAUUAAUCCAGGUUAUUGAUUUUUGCUGUAAAUUAUCAAUCAUUUGUUCAUAUAUAUGUAGCCUUAUUGUGCAAUACUGUCUAAUGUAAUGUAAGCUUGGUGCACACACACUUAUGUGAUCUCGAUGAUGGCCUCCUGACGAACUGAGAGUCAAAUGUAUACUUCUGUAUUCUUGGAGGUCAGCAGACGACUUUCAAAACAUGUAUCAACAGCCAUGGUGGUAAAAGGGGUUAGCACUGGCAGCACCAAAGAGAAAUCGAGAAAAAAUCAUUGCUUUCCCGAGAUGAUCCCUGAGAGAUGGGAGUCAUGAAGUCCCACGAGGAAGACAGAAAUUAAAUGUAAAAUAUUUCCAGUUACUUGCUGGGCCUAAUUGGUGUGUGUGCAGCUAGCUAUUGUCUCUAAUUUGCUUGUUAUACUGGGGAUGUAGAAGGCAUAAUCAGCUGAGAAACCGUCAAAAUGGUUCUGUAGGAUGCCUAGAUUGAUAAGUAUGUAUACUGAUGUAUGAAGAAUAUUAUGUAAAUUUUGACAUAAUGAAAUAAACUGUUUUUAUUAUGAUGA